AUGCUUGGGAAAUUACGCUCCAGCUUCUCUCAUCGAGACAAGGCGCAGCAGAGCAAGCCGUCAGCACCCCCAGGCUUGACCGAAAGGAAGUCAUCAUCCGGGUCCGCGUUGGACUGGGUGCGAAGGAAAAGCUCCGGCUCCGUUGCCACCCUUUCAGUGCAUCGUGCUUCCAAUGCAGACUUGACGCCGACUGUGAAAGGCGAGACAGGUGGACCUGCAAACAAUGCGCCCAACAGACUCGGACUUGAUUGCAUACAUGGACCCUCCUCGAGACCAAUCGCAAAUAUCAUCUUCGUACACGGCCUUGGAGGCCACAGUACUAAAACAUGGUCGCACAACCAUGACCCCGAUUUCUUUUGGCCGCAGCUAUGGCUCCCAAAAGACCCCAAGCUUGCUAGAGCACGACUGUUCACCUACGGCUAUGACUCUCAAGUUCUUGGUUUGAAGAGCGUCGCAAAUAUCACAGACUUCGCGAAGGCGCUCCUAUUUGAUAUGCGGCAUAAAAAAUGCAACGGUGACUAUAACCUCAGACUCGGUGAAGCACCUAUCAUCUUCGUCGCUCACUCUAUGGGUGGACUCGUUGUAAAAAAGGCUUUCAUUUUGGCCCAGGAUGACGAACACUGCAAGACACUAGUAAAAUCAAUGGCGGCAGUUAUUUUCUUUUCAACCCCUCAUCGUGGCUCAGACCUGGCGAACACGCUGGACUUAAUUCUCACGCUAAUUUUUCAGCCUGCUCGACAAUUUCUAAAAGAAUUGGCGCCGCAGUCAUCGGCGAUCGAGGAUAUCAAUGAGCAGUUCCGUCAUAUUGCCUGGAAACUUUCAAUAAUCUCCUUCCAUGAAACCUAUGCUACUUCGAUAGCAGGCAGUUAUAAAAUGAUCGUUACCAAAGACUCUGCCCUUCUCGGCUAUGAAAAUGAAGAAUCGCGAGGACUUCCAGCAGACCAUCACACUGUCUGCAAGUUCGAAAAUGACGAAGACCCAAGCUACAUUAUUGUUCGCGAUGUGCUCAGAGGUCUUGUAGACAAGUUUAGCAGGUCCAUUCACCGAACGCCUAGUACAUCGACAUCAAAAUUGGCUGAGGAAGUCAGAAAGGCUCUGGACAUCUCCCGAAUGCCCGCCGAUGACUUGAAACCGCUCCGUAAGCGCUGGGUCUCCGGUAGUUGCGAGUGGAUAUUGAAAGAUGCCUCAAUUCAGACCUGGAUGACAGAUCAGUCCAGAUCACAACUUGUUUGGUACACUGCACCUCCUGCAAGUGGCAAAUCAGUCCUCUCAAGCUACAUUUUCUACCACCUUCAGACGAAUGGGUAUGAUUGCCAAUUCUACUUCUUCGAUUAUCGUGAUCAGACGCGCCGAUCCAUUGUUGGAUUGUUAAAGUCUUUGGCAUAUCAAAUCUCUUGCGAAGUGCCCGAGUUUGCUGCAGAAGUCAUCGCAACUUUAUCCGAGGACAAUUAUCUGAACAAAAGUGACUAUCGCCUACUUUGGCAGAGAUUAUUCCAGACUCUCUUCUUCGACAAAGAUUUUAAGCGCCCCGUAUAUUGGGUAAUAGAUGGCCUCGAUGAAUCAGAGUCGCCAGAUGCAGUCAUUGAGUUGCUUGAAGAAUUGAUCCUAAGAUCAAGAGCCACUAUGAAAGUUCUUGUUACGGGUCGACACUCGGAGGCAUUAGCAUUGAGGUUCAAGAAGCUUCAGCGACAACUUCGAGUUGACAUGAUUGAUGCAGGUGGCCAAAUGCACAAUGCACAAGAUAUUGAGCUUUUAGUUGCCAGAGAGCUUGAUCUCAUUCCGGGAGGUCCGUCUUUAAAAUCACGACUUCAACGCGAAAUUCUCCAACGCGCGAGAGGUAAUUUUCUCUGGGUCAGCCUAGUAAUUGAAGAGCUUCAAAUGUGUCAAACAGAGAGAGAAACAACAACCGCAUUGGAACAAAUGCCCGAAGAUAUAACAAGAAUGUACGAACGAAUGGAGCUUUCUAUCAUCAAGGGCACAAGUGACGGACGGCUUGGAUUGGCAAAGGAGCUCUUGCAGUGGGCCGUUUGUGUGCCACAACCUCUGAAGACAGUUGAAUUGAUCCAAGCCAUAGGGAAAGACUAUGACGACAUUCUGGAUCUAGGAAGGACUAUUCGUGAGGUCUGUGGACAAUUUGUGGUUAUCGACAGCACAGAUCAUGUCACUACGGUGCAUCAGACUGCACGAGACUUUUUGACUAAGCGGUCGAAAAGUGCUGUCGCGAUUCAUCGUCAAAACGCGAACAGUGCGCUUUUGGUGAAAACUCUUUCCAGUCUGAGGCAGUUGGACAUACGCAAGACUGCACUUGGUUCGAAGGGACAGAAGCAGGUUCGAAAGGAACUGGAAACUGAGCAGCCAUUUGUCCUAUAUGGCACCAACUCUUGGAUCUAUCACCUUGGCCAUGCCGAUCCGCUCUCCGACCGGGUUCUCGACGCGCUGGAAGGAUUCUUCAAUAGCCCCUGUGUACUCGAUUGGAUCUUUGUCGUCGCUAUUCUAAACCAAGUAAGGACUCUAGCCAGAGCCGGAAAAGGGUUACUGUCCUUUAUUGCCGCUAAUCGAAAGCUCAACAACUCUCGGAAUCCGUUGCUUCAUCGCCUGUCCACGGUUGAGCUCCUGGAGAAUUGGGCAGGGGAUCUAGUGAGACUAACAGCGAAGUUCAACAAGCAAUUGAUCACCCAGCCAUACGCUAUCUAUGAGACAAUUCCAGCCUUGUGUCCAUCCACCUCUACAAUCAAUCGACAAUUUCGAACCUCAAAAGUUGUCUUGACCGGUCAAAGUGACUCGUGGAGUGACAUAUUUGCGCGUAACUCCCUGCCUCAACAUGAGGUUGCCAUAAAGAUCAUCUCACUUGGAAUCCAUCUAGCAGUACUAAGUCAUGGUGGAAAGGUCUACGUUUGGAGCUCUGUUGAUUUUGGAGAAGUCUGCACGCUCCGUCACGGUGAAGCUGUAACUAAUAUGUGUAUGAACCUCAAAGGCAACAUUCUUGUAACCUACGGCCUGACAACGACAAAGGUAUGGGAUCUUCCCGAAGGGAUAAUUCGCCUACAAGUGGCAAAUCAAGCGAAUGGCAGAGCACUGUCUGUUGCAUUUGCGAUGAAUGACCAGCGCGUUAUUGCUGCAACGGACGAUAGAUCGGUGCGAAUUCUACAGCUGACAGAUGAUGAAGCUAGUUGGAGGAUUAUAAAUCCUGCUUUGCUCAAAGAAGAGUCUCAGUCUCAGACAACGAUUAUCAACAGUCCGAGUUACAUGGCAAUCAACCCGGGUGGUACGCAAAUCGGCGUCUGCUACAGAUCAUUUCCUCUCACAAUCUGGGACCUGGACAGCGCGUCUGUUGUGAGUCGGUGCAUGAGGCCAGGCACGAAUCUUGAUUCUCCGCAGAUGUGGUUUCCUGUAGAGCUUUUCGCAUGGAAUCCUAUCAGCGGCCAUAUUGUCGGCUGGUACAAGGGGAAAACUCUUUUUAAAUGGCAUCCCAUAACAAAUGAGACUCACGAAGUGUCCGCUUCAGUCGAUGAGCUUGUCGUGAGUCCUAACGGCAAGGUCUUUGUAACCAGUGACUCCAACGGUACUGUCAAGGUCUGGAAUUUUGCAUUCUUUGCCGCCAUAUAUCAACUUUCUUCAGGGGAUCUUGUCAGUGGAUUAUCCUUCAGCCCCGAUUCUGCACGCUUUUAUGACAUUCGUGGUGCAACAAUCAAUGCGUGGGAGCCUAAUGGCUUGGUCCGACUUGUGGAAGCAGAAGACUCAUUCAGUGAUACCUCUAGCGACGAUCAACGCGGGACUGUGAUAUCCCAUGUAUCCGAGGCAGACGCUCGACAGUACACAGCUUUAUCUAUCCUGGCCGCAGCUCCAAACGGACUUUACUACGCAACCGGCAACGAAGAUGGCGAGGUGCAUAUUACCGAUAUGAAGACAUCGUCGAGAAGUGAACUGACACGGUUUAACAAUUUUCAACCUGUCACUCACCUCACUUGGGAUUCCACUAGUAGUAUCAUUGCUGUUGCCGACCUUGCUGCUGACAUAUGUAUUCUGAGGCUGAGUCAUUGGGGUCAUGGACAACUCGAAUCUGCCGUUGUCGAGCAGUCACAAACACCCAGAUUCGAUUUGGAAGGUCGUGCUAUACAUCAAUUGCUGCUUGAUUUCUCUUCACGUCUCCUUCUUGUUGUCACCAGUGACCUCGCACAGACAUGGGACAUCGAUGAGGGCAGGUUGAAGGAUUCUGUUCAAAUAAUCGAUGCCGAUCAACGCAAUUGGUUGAACCAUGCAGGGGAUAACAAGCUGUUCAUGGGCGUCGGUCCCGAAAAUAUACAUGUACAUCAAUGGGAAGGUUUACAUCAGAUCUUCGAGUUCAAAUUCAACACUGAGAAAUUCCCUCUGAUAAGGCAGAGCUCGACAUUCUCAGAUAUCAAGCCACCCAAGAGUGUGCGGGACAUGAUGACGCCGUCGGAAGCAAAACCUACGAGAUAUAUAAUGAGGGCAAUGCUCACUCAAGAUGAAAAGCACAUACUGGUUCAUAUCAAGGAGCAUGCCCUGCGGAGCAGAAUGCAAAAUCGGCUCUUCGCCGUACCAGCCACGGCACUGGAGAUACCGAAGGGUUUCGCAAGAAGUUGUGAGCUGGACUGUUUACAGCUUGCGGAUGAGCUGACUCAAGGAUGUGAGUUCACAUUGGGCGUCUUGUCAGGCGGGCGGCUGGUCUUUCUAGAUCGAGAUCUUUGGGUAUGCUCGAUGAAGUUGACACGGCUCUCAAAAUCCUGCCCUUUAGUGCGCCACUACUUCAUUCCAAGGGAUUGGACAGACGUCGAAGGUUUGAAACAGUGCUCAAUGCUAAAAGAUGGAGUGUUCCUCUGCCCUCAAGAGGGGAAUAUUGUGACAGUCAAGACGAACUUCGACGUUAUUGGUCAUUAA